AUGGUCCUUUUUAAGGGAAGCUUAACGUGGAUAAUCCUCCUUUCUUGGUUGAAGGAUCUGGGAGGGCGGAGCUUUCUCAUCCAAAAUGUCCGCCUGCAGAAGUGUAUCCACGCCUCGCCGCCUCACAAAGCGGAGAGGGUCCGCCUGUCCGAAUGCAAGGCCCACUCCCCAGAGUAUCAGUGGAGCUGGGAUGGGAUGGCCUCGGCUGUGGUCAACCAAUACACCAGGGAGUGCCUGACCAUCUACGAUGCGGAAGAAUUGGCCGUAGCCCAAUUGUCGCCCUGCGAGGAGGAGGAGGAGGAGGAGGAGGAGGCACUUCAGGCCUGGUCAUGCAGCAAGAAAGGCCACUUGACCUUACGAGGACGUGGCCUUCACCUCAGCGCAAAGCUGGGAGGACACAGUGCCUUCCUGUCCCGGGAGAAAGGCAGAUUCGGCAAGUGGCAGACUGGCACGGGGUCAAUCAUCUGUGCCACCGAGCUGGCCGGAGCCGCUGGACUCAGCGAGCCGAGAGAAGCCUCCUUGGACAACUUGGAGGAAGGACCCAAAAAUAAAACAGUUGGUUCCCUAGAGAUCCACACCCCUUCUGCGCAGGCCACGACAUUCUUAAUGAUCCAUUCGGAAAGCCAGUCCUAUGUCCCCAGCGGGUUUCCGGUGUCCGACGAGAGACACCGUGAAGCAGAUAAUGAGACAUAUCCUCCACACCAAAAGCACCAGGAGAAGGCUACCAGUCCCCCGAAUCUAGGUCCCAUCUGGAGAACAACCCUGCUUGUCCUGGGCCCUCUGGCCUUCAUCCUGGCAAUAAUCAUCCUGAAGUUCAACAUCCAGUCCAAAAAGAAGAAGAACCUGCUAGCUUUGAAGAGCCGGCAGAUGAGCGGUGAGGGACACCAACCUUCACCAGGGACAGUCAGCCCCGCCUCCAAGAUGCAGGCCAUCCCUGCCUCACCUUCCCCUUCGCUCAAGCAUGGUGAGAUCUUGAUCGAAUGGAAAGAUGGAACUACCACCUCGCUCUUUGACCAUUUAUACUAGCUGAUUUCUCCUGGCUGAUUCUCUCAAAAUCCAGUUCUUCCUAGCAGAACCCUUUGCACUCACACUUGAAGCUUCCAUGGCCUGGGGCUGAUGAUGUAGUAGACCAGAG